AUGCGUGCCGCCGUCGAGGCCCUCGAAAAGCAAGCCGCCGGCAGGCUCGAGGGAAAAACGAUGAUGUCGGCCAUCAAGAAGCAGGCCCGCGACUGCUUGAAGUUGAAAGUGUUAGAGCUUCGCGGACGCAAGACCCUGGUGGCCGUCGAGGUGCGCCAGCUCUGGAUCAUGGGACAGCAGCGCGGGCUUCUGAUGGAAGCUAAGGAUCUGAAGCUGCAGGACGUCUUGCCUCAAGAGUGUCCCCUCUAG